AUAGUGAUUAGCAAGUGCUCACAGCAGCCAGCCAGGGUUCUCAGGUUUCACAUUUAGUCUUAGGCUGAGUUGUUGGUAUGACCCAGGUCUCACAGCAUCUCAUACUUGUGUCCAGCAGCUGAAGAGGACUCAGUAGCACAGAAGACAUGCCUGGGCCAGCUCUUGUAGGAGUCACGAUGAUCCACCAAGCCACAGCUUUCAGCACCCUAAGAACUUUGAUUGAGCAGCGAGGUGUUAGCAUUCUGGAACCACAAAUGUAUUUAAAGGAAGAAACCUACCAGGAACUGAUUGGGGAUCCACGGCCACUUAACGGUCCAUCUGAGCUGGUUUUACUACAUAAUGACAGUGUGGAAGGUACUGCAAGUAGUAGGUUACGUGGUCCCUGUAGCCAGGACCACAGAGCCAUCGUGGAUGUGACAUCAGCUUUGGGAGAAGAUCCAGCAUCACUUGCCACUGAGACUCCUAAACAUAAUGCAGGUCCAUCGGUCAUAACCAGAACUGAAACUCCCGGUUCAGGACCAGCCACACACCCCGGUAAAGCCCCCACCCUGGCCCAGAUUGCAUCAAGAAAUCGCCUCUCCCGGGUGCUGCAUUGCACUGCCCAGCUAUUGUUAGUUGAGCAGGACGCAUUGAAUCAUCUGCCGCUGGACCAUCCGGUUACUAUCCAACUCAAAGACAGCAUUGAAUUCAGAAAUAUCUGCACGCACAUGGCUCUACAGAUAGAUGACAGAAAAUUUGAUAAGGAUUUGAAUGCAGCAAAUGAGUGUUUGAGGACUAUUAUUACUGAUCUGAUCCUGGCUCUUUCUGUAUUCUCAUCAGACUUCUUUGAAUCGGCCACUGAGAAAUUACGACAAAUACUGAAAAAUCUUGAUGGCUGAUAUACUCAUAGCGUGUCAUACCUGGGAACUCUUAUGAUGUUACCUUGAGGAUUUGAAAACCAGGAGCCGAUUCCUAGGCCAGUUGGUGUGUUUUAUCUUUAGACAGGUCAGCAGUGUUUGAUCACACGUAGGUUCUAUGUAUACACAAUCUCUUCCAGGUGUUA